AUGUCAAAAAUCGUGAAACCAACAUUAAACUUGAAGCAGUUUAUGCUUAGACAAGAGGUGUUGAAGCUGUAUAGAGAUAUCUAUAGAAACAUCAACAAAGUACCAGAUGAGGCAAAUCGAAAGGAGUUGAAGAUCUGGUUGAGGGAAGAUUUUAGGAGAAAUAAAAAUCAAACAGAAGAAAUUACAGUUAAAAUGUCGAUUCAAGUUGGACUUAGAUAUUUAAAAGAACUUAAAACUUCUUUAGAACUCAGCGGUGUCGAGAAAAAAUAG